GCAUAUACAAAUAUACGAUGAAGCAUAAAUAGAAUAAAUUGAGAUAGGAUAGGCAAGGAAAGGGCUUUGAUGAAUAAUUAAAUUUGAUUGAAUUCUCCUCUCAUUAGUACCUAUUCAUAUUCAGUUCCAUCCUUCUCGGUCAUAUUGCUGGUAUUCUGAUGGAAUGUUAAAUGUGAAUUUGAAUUGUGAUUGAACUUAGGUGUAUCAAUAUAGAUAAUAAUUGAGGAAUCAUGUCCAGUUUUUCUCGCUUCACAGAGCUUGGUAGGAAAAUUGUUGCAGUUGGAAGAAAUUAUAGGGAACAUGCUGCUGAACUGGGCAACAAAAUGCCAGACAAACCCAUGCUCUUCUUAAAGCCAACCUCAUCAUAUUUGACAGCAGGCAACAUCAAGAUUCCCAAGGGAUGUUCCGAGCUGCACCACGAGGUGGAACUGGGAGUUGUCAUCUCGGAGAAGUGCAGCGCUGUACCAGAGGGCGCUGCCAUGCAGCAUGUGGCGGGCUAUGCUCUUGCCCUGGACAUGACCGCACGUGAUUUCCAGAACGAAGCGAAGGCGAAGGGCCAUCCGUGGACGAUGGCCAAGUGUUUCGACACGGCGUGUCCGGUGUCGGCGUUCGUGCCGCGUGACCGGAUACCGGACACUUCCGGUGUGCGUCUGCACUGUUCGGUGAACGGCCAGACGCGGCAGGACGGCGCCACGGCCGAUAUGCACUUCAGCGUGCCCUUCCUCAUCAGCUACAUCAGCAGGUAUAUCACGCUGGAGCCGGGAGACCUGGUGCUGACCGGCACUCCAGCCGGCGUCGGGCCCGUUCGGGCCGGUGACGUCAUCGAGGCCACCAUGGCCGACCAAUCCGGGGGCCAGCUGACCAAAAUCACCUUCGGUGUCGAGAAGAGUAGCCAAUCGUAAAACCUGGGGUAUGUAGCGCGGUUAUGUAGUGGCUCGAUCUUGAUGCCCGUAUAUUCUGGUGAUGUUGUUACAUCCUGUAGGGGACUACUUGAAUUGUUACACGGAAAAGUUUGGUAGUGUAAGAAUGCUAGUAGAGUGAUUUGUGGGAAUUGGCCUAUGCUAGUGAUUGGGCGCAAUACUUACGCAUCCAUUCACUUUGUUGUUACGCGGAUGAUGAAAAAUGUCAUAUUUUGUGUACCUAUGGAAUGGUAACAUUGGGGUCAUCUUUCAGCUUCAUGUGCAAGCAAUACAAUGCGGGAGUGCCAA